CAAGCUCGUUGUAUUAAAUAUUGAAGCCAUGAUAUGUAUGACCGGUACAUCAUUGAAGAUCCCUUUGUAGUUCCUGGCAUGUCAAGCUAUGGAGCCGGCUUCAGCUGAAUGCGAAGACGUUACUGGCGAGUGAGCAACAUACACAGAGAUAUGAGAGAGGCCAUGGAGCAAGAAGUUAAGCCUGUACCCUGUGGCGCCCAGCCGGGGACGAAGCGGCGAAACGCUGCUUUGUUGGCCAUUGUUGCAUACCUGCAAGUUUUCGGCUACGUGCAGCUUGCCAGGCCCUUCUGCGCUUCCGAGCCGCACACCCUGCCACUGGAUAGCCGCUUGGCGGCUACCUACCCAUGCAGCGGCGCGUUGCCGGAAAAAGUGCUUUACCUAGCCACCCAGCCGGCCCUCGUAUACAGGGACUACCUCCGCCUGCAGCCCCCAGACUGCUGGGUGUCCGCUUCCGCCGCCUGCAUGCUGCUGCGGCUGCUGCUGGGCCUCACCUGGCCCUCCUCGCUGCACCUCCGCUGGACCUUCGUAGCACACCGCCUGCUGGGGCCAGUGACGCUGCUAGGCUGGCUGCUGGCCUCGGGGCAGCCGCCUUCCUCUCUUGCGGUGUGGUUCGCUCGGAGCUGGCCGCUGCUGGACUGCGCCUACCUGCUGGUGUUCCAGACCGGAUUCCGUCACGAGGCUGUGUACGGGGUGUUGAGCUUUGCGGUUAACGCAGCCAUCGGUACACGCAUCCGUGCCCUGCACCCGCACCUGGUCUACCCUCUUCCCAUGCAACUCAUGAUCUGCGCGUCUGCUACGGCUUUCAUCCUGUCCGUGCAUUUGCUGUGGGAGCGGGCAGAGCGACGGCUGCAUUACAACGGCAUCAGCAGUAGACACGAUGUCGUACACAGCAGCAAGGCUAAGGUCGGCGGUAGUACGGCUGGGACCAGUCGCUGCACUGCCUCUUCCGGGGCUGCUACAGCAACAGCUGCCGACGCUGAUCCCGCUGCCCAGACUACCGAUACAGCUACUGCUGUUACUGUCGCCAAUGCUACGGCCAUUGCAGUACAGCUCGCGACCUCUUGCUUGCUCCAACGCUACGAGGCAGCAACCACCCGCAGCAUUAACUCCACUGGCCCUAACUCUUCAGUGCCCGAAGACGACAGUCCAAGGUUUACCGAGGCCGUACGAUUGAUGCCACCACCGCCUCCUGCUUCAGCUCCUACUCCACUGCCCAGGCCCGGUGCCGGUGCCACAACCCCAGUCACAACGACCACCGACCCACGGGACCACAACGCCAGCACUGUCUUAGCCGAGCGGAGCCAUGCGGCAGCAGUGCGGCGACUCCUGGCGCCUUUCCCUUCGCAGCAUAGCGCGCUAGCUGCAGCCCAGGCGGCGCGUAUGACGUACACGCCUGCCGUGCAGUUGGUCCGGGUGCAAAUCAAGAUCCGCGGGGCUGACCCGGAUGAGGUCCCGGCGGGCUACGAGGCGCGAGUGGGUCGAGUGGUGGCGGCUGCGGGGUAUCAUGCGGAGGCGGUGUACAUGCGGCGAGGCUGCAUUGAACUGGUGAUCGACGCGCAGGAGUGGCACGGUGCUCCGAACAGCUACGGCGCCGCCGGGGUCGGCUCCGCUGUGGCAGUUGUGGAAGUUGGGGAUACGCCUGCGGCCACAGCCGCAAAUGGCACUUCGUCAGCAAAGUGUGUUAAGCAGGGGACAAAUCCUUCUGAUGCGUCGCGUAGUACGACAGAAGAGGCAGUAGCCGCCGCUGCAGGACCAAUAGCAGCAACAACAGCAGGCACUGCUGCACCUCUGCAGGAGUCGCCUCGUGACAUCGACAUCGGCUCGCUCAUUCGUGCGCUGCGGAUUGGUCAAGGUGACGUCAGCAGCGACGAUGAUGACGGAGCUGAUGAGGGUCACUAUGACGAUGGUGGCCGCAGCGGCGUUGGGAGAGCUGCUGGAGGGUACGACAAUGGUGGCGGCGCUUCGUACGGCAGCGCAGCAGCAGGAAUGAUAACCGAGGAGGCCAUUACUAGCAUCAGUACUCGCCGCGGACAGGCGGCCGUGCCGCCUCCUCCUCCUCGUCGCUCGGUCACGCCUAGGCCUUUGCUGCACACCUCAGGCUGGAAUGUUUGGUAUGAAGACUCCGUCUCCAUCGCCGACGCCGCUGCCGACGUUACUGCUGCUGGCAGUGGCGGUCCCUUCAUCCUCGGUGUAUACCCCAGGGUGCUGCUAGCCCGCCACGGGCCCACCCACAAUCACCCGCACACUUCCCCGCACCCGGGCAACAGCGGUAGCAAUAGCGGUUCCGGCCCCGGUGCUGUGGGCGGGACGGCGUUUGGCGGGGAUGACGGCGACGGAGACGUUGCUGGAGGUCGAGGAGAUGCGCAGGAGGAGGAUGACGUUGCGGCAGGCUUGGAUGUGGGAAGCCGCCGCCGCAUUACCCAUCUUGACAUGGGCGCUGAAGGUGCCAGCCUCAGCGGUGGGGAAGGAGAAGGCGAGGGCGGUAGACAUCCUGCCGGCGGCGCUGGCGGCGGUCAGGAUCACGGCGGUGCUGUUUGGCAGGGUCAACGCCGCAGGGGCAACCAGCGUGACGCCGGCGCUGCGAUCGGAACGCGGUUUUCUGACGAAGCGGUGCCGGGCCCCUUCCGUCUUGAGGUGGUGGUUUGCUGGCCGGAAACGGCUCCUGCUCCUCUUCCUCCACCUCCUGCUGCCAUGCGUGCCAGGACCACAACCUCGUUUGCAGCUGCAGCAGCAGGAGCAGCUGUGAGGGAGCCGUUGGGUGCAGCGACCUCACCAGCCCCCACCCCUCGCUCCGAGGAGUGCUUGGAGCUGUUGGUGCGCUGCCGCGGCUUGCACCUGCCGUCCCGGCUUAUAACCGUCGAGUCAUUAGGGUCAGCGGUAUUGCCGUCGCCGCAUGCCACGCAAACCCAGCUGCCCGGACCGAGCCACAAUUCCGCAGCAGAAGCAGCGGCGGCAGCGGCAGCGGCACCGUAUGCACCCGCGCCGAGCCGUGUGGCAAGUGGCCGCGGCGGCGAGGGUAGCAAUGCCGUGAUGAUGACAUGCACACUUCUGGAAUACGUCAUUGAGCUGCCGUACUUACCGGCCCAGCCAGGGCUGCUGUUACUUGAGCCUCGGGGACUGCCGGUGGUGCCGGUGGUGGUGGUGCAGGAGGCGGCGGUGGCGGCGGAAUUGCAGGCGACAGUCGACGAGUGGGACGGUGACACCGCCGAACUGGAUCACUUGCUCCUGGAUACGGCAAUGUUCGUGCAAGAGACAGCGGACGUCAUGACGAUGGCUGAGGCGCUCGCUGGGCUGACACCUCGUGCUGCUGCUGCGGGUGGUAAUGCGGGUGGCUACCGGGAUACUACCAUCGGCGCUGGCGCUAACAUGACUAUUCCGGCAGCAGCGACGGCUACCUGGGCUAGAAGUGGCUUGGGAGGCAGGAUGCGGGUCCAGAUCAGCCCAAGGCUGCACAGCCUCGGUCGACAUCUGCUCGGCUUCGCAGUCAUGAACGGCUGGACCGCCUUCAGCGCCCUGCUUCAAUCCUACCUCGGUGCUGGGGACAACCUACCUCCUCCAUACGGAUCUGUACGGGAUCUGUUGUACAAUUCUGGGUUGGUCUCCGAGGACGCCUCGGUUGCCCGGCCCUCCGCCACUCUCAGCACCAUGGACAGCACGCUCACGGCUACCGGUACGAGCUCCCCGCCGAGCGGGUACGGCAGCGAAGUUGAAGAGUCGCCGCCGUCGCCGUCAUUGUGCGGCAGCGGGGCUGCGCUUUGCAGCCUUCAUGCGGCACCAUGCGGAGUUGUUGCGGCUGGCGGCUUUGACAAGGGCUUGCAGCAGGAACGAAAAGGGCAGCAGCAGCUGCAGCAGGCGGAGAAGCGGGGGGAAGAGGAGGGGGAGGAGCACCCGGUCCGCUGCUGCGCACGAGACACCUACACGCAGGGCUGCAGGGAUCCGGGCGCAUUCGUAAGGAAAUGGAUGGAGUCCCUGCUGUCCACCUCCUUGCUAUGUUACCUGCGCCGCGGGUGGUGCCGCACUGCCGCGUUCGCCGCCGUGGACCGCUGUGCACGUGUGCCGCUGCUGCCCGCUGUCUUGGUCAUCGCUGUGGCAGUGCUGCUUGGGACAGCACCUGGACCCGCGGGUCAGUCCCUCCGGUAGGUGCUGCACGUUUGCGGAUCCGCCGUGUGUCUGUUACUGGGGGCAUCGCUAGCAUGCCGGGUUUGGAUUCGGAGUAGCUGGGGGUGCGGGUCGGGUGCAUCCUGGGGCUGGAAGGUCAUGCGGGACUAAGCUUGAGGCUCUUGAAGCCACUGCGCUGCACCAGAAGUGGUCGUUGAUAGUAGUUUUGUUACAGAGGCGUCUGGACGUCUGGGAGAUGCUUGAGAGCUUGCAUCCGGACCUGGGGCUUCCCGUGGCCGCGUUGGGUAGGGAUGUAUGAGAGACCAUUUCUAUAGGGUUGCCCCGUUAGGCUCGACCACUCAAUAAUUGUUUUGCCGUACAUGCACUUUAGCGUAGGAAAAUUCGUCAUUGAGCUCGCUACGGGUUUCCCGUAUAAACCCCUGAGUGCCGCGUGGAGGGCGUGUUUGCGUGCUUGAACUGCCGUGCAUGACCACACCUGCAUGGCCACUGCUGCUG